AUGACAUACCCUCUUGUCGGAAACCUGCUUCAGAUGCCGCUAAAGAACUUCCAUCUAGAGUUCCAAAAGUGGGCCAAUCAAUAUGGACCCAUCAUGUCCUUGAAAUUAGGUGGUCAGGAUAUGAUUCUCUUAAACAGUCCCGAAGCCGUCAGGGAUCUCAUUGAGAAGCGAAGCAACAUCUAUUCUGCUCGUCCAGAUCUCUAUGUCCGUGAGUUCGGGGAUAAUUUGAAUAUUGUUUUGCGAGACAACGACGAAGUCUGGCGGAGGCAACGAAAGAUGUACCACGUCCGCCUCAAUGUGAAAACGGCAAAUAACUAUCUGCCCUACCAGAUCUUUGACAGUAUACAACUCAUGCAUGAUAUGGCAGAACACCCCAGCAACUGGGUGGGUAACCUCCAAAGAUACACCGCAAGCAUAGCUUCAACAGUACUCUACGGCUGGCGAACACCCAAUGUGAACACUGGCUAUAUUAAGGACCUCAUCGAGGUGAGCCGCUUUUUCCCCCCGCGAAGACUAUACACUGACGGUCUCAAGUGGAUGGACCGGACAUCUGCUGCCAUAAACCUCCAGCCAGUUGACUUUUUCUCCUUUCUACGGCCCUGGUAUAGGGUGAUGCCCGUUUGGAUGAGCUCUUUCAAACGAGCGCUUAGCGAUAUUCAGCAACUCGAGAAUCAGCUCUUCUUUCAACUUCUCGAAGGAGCCAAGGAGAGGAUUGCCGUCGGGAAGAAGUACCCAAGCUUCAUUCGGGACAUGCUCAUUGACAAAGAUGCAGACCGCCUCGACGACAGGCAAAUUGCUCAUAACGCUGGGCACGGCUUCGGGGCUGCAACUGAUACAUCCUGGAACACAUUGUUAGGCUUCGUGAAAGCAAUGAUUCUUUUUCCGGAGGUCCAGAAAAAGGCCCAAGAAGAGAUUGAUCGGGUCAUUGGCACUGAAGAUUUUCCAUCCUGGGAAGACCGAGCACGUCUUCCUUACAUCCGCGGGGUGGUUGAAGAGACCCUGAGAUGCAACCCGAUCAGUGGAGCCGUGCCACAUUCGGUUUCCUGCGAUGAUGUCUAUAAGGGCAUGAAAAUCCCCAAAGGUGCAGCGGUCAUGAUGAAUAUCUGGACGCUGAACCACAGCACAUAUGAGGAUCCUCGCUCUUUCGACCCGUCCCGCCAUAACUCAGAGUCUACACUGAAUGAGAGCUUUGGAAUCAAUACUGACUCCCUUAAUCGCCCUCAUUUUACUUUCGGCGCUGGUCGGAGAGUGUGCCCUGGAUUUCACGUCGCUGAAAGGGCCCUGUUCCUAGCUAUCUCACGAUUGCUGUGGGGUUUUGAGUUCCACCGUGCAGUGGAUUCGAACGGCCAACCUCUUCCGAUCAAUAGGGACGCCGUAACACCAGGGUUUAUUGUGAGGCCGGAAGCAUUUGAGUGUGAAGUUCGGCCCCGAGGAUCGGAGCGUCUCGAUUUGAUCAAGAAAGCAUGGAGAGAGGCCCAGACACAACUUGACACCGACGGGAAUUUCAAGGAAGAAUUCUUCCAGAAAAUGCUGUCUAAGAAGGAGUUGGAUUGA